GAGCGCCGGAAGCGGCGGGAGGAGGUGCGGCGCCAGCCGGGGCUGCUGCCUGCGCCGCGGGAGCCAGCAGGGGAGGCGGGUGAUUGAAUAAGUCUUCAGAAGCAGAGUUGCCAAAACUGACAGAAAAUGGCAUAUCGAAGAGAUGAAAUGUGGUCUGAAGGGCGCUAUGACUAUGAAAGAGUUCCGAGAGAACGUCUCCCUCCAAGGAUUCAUCCUGAUGAUGAUUACCACAGAGUAGUAAACAUUGUGCCCAAGAAACCACCACUGCUUGAAAGACCUGGGGAUGGGAAUUACAGUCGAUAUGAUGAUUACAGUCACAGUGAGUACAGAGACUAUGAGGAGGGUCGCAGUUUUGCCCAUGACCGAAGAAGUGGUCCUCCACACCGAGGUGCACAUAAGGAUGAAUCAGGAUACAGAUGGCCAAGGGAUGAUCAUUCUAUAAGUCGGCAGCAUGAAUACAGGGACAUCAGAGACGGCUUCAGAAGAAAAAGCUUCUAUCCUUCUCAUUAUAUGAGAGAGCGAUCCCCUCAUAAGAGGGACUCUCCUUUCUUCAGGGAAUCACCAGGGAGCCGAAGGGAUUCUCCACACAGCAGAUCUGGCUCUAGUGUUAGCAGCAGGAGCUACUCUCCUGAAAGAAACAAAGGCUAUCCUUUCCACCAGUCCCAGCACAGCAGAAGCAUGUCAUCUUUACAUAAAAGAAAUAUUUCUUCUCAGCAAGGUAAAGAAAGGGGAUCAGCUCAAUCACUGAAAACAUCAAGAGAUGCAUCACCUUCAGGCUCCAUAGUAGUACUGUCAUCGAAGACCUUGGAGAAGAGCAGCAGACUAUCAGAAAAGGAACUUGCUGAAGCAGCAAUCAAGUGGGCAGCUGAAAAGGCAGAGAAGGCCAAUGAAAGCAAUUUACCUGACGUAUCAGAGUAUGAUACUGGAUCUUCAGCUCCAUUAUAUGCUGAACAAACAGAGGAAACAGAAGCAAAUGUGCCAGAAAGUAAUGAAUUAUAUGAGGAUGGCCAGCUUCUUGACCGCUCAAAAGCAAUUGCAGCUAAGACAAAGGAGAUAGAACAGAUCUACAGACAAGACUGUGAAACCUUUGGCAUGGUAGUGAAGAUGCUAAUUGAUAAAGAUCCAUCAUUAGAGAAGUCCAUUCAGUUUGCCCUGCGGCAGAAUUUGCAUGAAAUAGGUGAGCGAUGCAUUGAAGAACUCAAACAUUUCAUUGCUCAGUAUGAUGCUGCCAAUCAAGAUCUAUCAGAAUCCUUCAAAGAGGGCUCAUACUAAGGACAAAAAUAUGCUUUAUAGAUCCUUUGCAUUGUGUAUGCCAUAAUAAAUAUAUCUGCUUUUUGAGGGGAAAGAAGAGAUCUUGUUGGAGAUUUGAACCCAAGGCCUGCACUCCUCCAUAGUAGCUCAGGUGGCUGUAUCUUGUUCACUGUGGUCUCCACAAUUGUAUUCUUCCUACCUGUUACUUGUUGAUGUAUAUUCCUUUGAAAGGAUGUUCUUUCAAGAAUCUUGCAAAGUUACAAACUAUUUUUGAAACCUUUACACCGUUACUGAAAAAAUGUUCAGUUCUAUGUACGUACACUUAUGUUUUGAUGUCUGUAAGUGUAACUUCAAACACUAUUUUUUAUUAAAAUAACAAGAAGCCGCU